AAUCACGAUGCUACCGAUCGAGUUGUAUACGUACGUAGUUACCAAUUUUCAACAUAGCCCGUGGUUCACGCGGCCUGCCACUUGGUGGCAGCACGUACUACAUAUAGGCCGGCCGGCCGGCCGGCAUACACCGGACUCUCACCAGCCUGGAGCCAAGGAGCAGGAGCAGCUGCCUGCCAGUGCCUACAAGAUACGGGAGGGGGCUGUGACGGUGUUGACCAUGGGGAAGAUGUUGCAUGUCGUUCUGGUGGUGGUGCUGGCCAUGGCGGCAGCGUCGGCGGCGAUGGUGAGCGCGUCGCCGGCCGAGGGGAUCCAGCCGCUAUCCAAGAUCGCCAUCCACAAGGCCACCGUGGAGCUGCACGGCUCCGCGUACGUGCGGGUGACGCCGGCGUUGCUCGGCGACCAGGGCGAAGACACCGUAUGGGUCACCGUGAAAUACGGCUGGGAGAACCCUUCCAGCGACGACUGGAUCGCUGUCUUCUCCCCUGCCGAUUUCAUCUCGGGCUCGUGCCCUAACCCGCGGAGGAACGCCGACGAGCCGGGACUCUGCACAGCGCCUAUCAAGUAUCAGUACGCCAACUACUCGGCCAACUAUCGCUACUGGGGCAAGGGCACCAUCCGGUUCCAGAUCAUCAACCAGCGCUCCGACUUCUCCUUCGCCCUCUUCACCGGCGGCUUCGAAAAUCCGAAGCUGGUGGCGGUGUCCAAGGCGGUGGCGUUCAAGAACCCCAAUGCCCCGGUGUUCCCGCGCCUGGCGCAGGGCAAGACCCACGACGAGAUGACGGUCACGUGGACUAGCGGCUACAACAUCGACGAGGCCUACCCGCUGGUGGAGUGGGGCAUGGUCGCCCCCGGCGGCGGGGUCAGGAACCCCACCCGCACGCCCGCCGGCACGCUGACCUUCAACCGCGGUAGCAUGUGCGGCGAGCCGGCGAGGACGGUUGGGUGGAGAGACCCCGGGUUCAUCCACACGGCCUUCAUGAGGGACCUGUGGCCCAACAAAGAGUACACUUACAAGAGCGGGCACGAGCUCUCCGACGGUACCAUGGUGUGGGGUAAGUCCUACACUUUCCGGGCGCCGCCAACCCCUGGACAAAACUCACUGCAACGCAUCAUCGUCUUUGGUGACAUGGGAAAGGCGGAGAGGGACGGAUCGAAUGAGUUCGCCAACUACCAGCCGGGGUCACUGAACACGACGGACACGCUGGUCAAAGAUUUGGACAACUACGACAUCGUCUUCCACAUCGGCGACAUGCCCUACGCCAACGGAUACCUCUCCCAGUGGGACCAGUUCACCGCGCAGGUCGCCCCCAUCAGUGCCAGGAAGCCCUACAUGGUUGCGAGCGGUAACCACGAGAGGGACUGGCCCAACACCGGUGGAUUCUUCGACGUCAAGGACUCCGGCGGCGAGUGUGGUGUGCCGGCCGAGACUAUGUAUUACUACCCAGCUGAAAACAGAGCAAACUUCUGGUACAAGGUGGACUACGGGAUGUUCCGGUUCUGCGUGGCGGAUACGGGGCACGACUGGCGUGAGGGGACUCCGCAGCACAAGUUCAUCGAGGAGUGCCUCUCCACGGUGGACCGGAAGCACCAGCCAUGGCUCAUCUUCGCGGCGCACCGGGUGCUGGGCUACUCCUCCAACGCGUGGUACGCCGCCGAGGGCUCCUUCGAGGAGCCCGAGGGCCGGGAGAGCCUGCAGAAGCUGUGGCAGCGGUACCGCGUCGACAUGGCCUUCUUCGGCCACGUCCACAACUACGAGCGCACAUGCCCGCUCUACCAGAGCCAGUGCGUCACCGGCGAGCGGAGCCACUACUCGGGCACCAUGAACGGCACCAUCUUCGUCGUGGCGGGCGGCGGCGGCAGCCACCUCUCCAGCUACACCACGGCCAUCCCCAGAUGGAGCGUCUUCAGGGAUCAAGACUAUGGCUUCGUCAAGCUCACGGCCUUCAACCACUCGUCGCUUUUGUUCGAGUACAAGAAGAGCAGCGACGGCAACGUCUACGAUUCCUUCACCGUCGAUAGAGACUACCGCGACGUGCUCAGCUGUGUGCACGACAGCUGCUUCCCCACCACACUCGCUCUCUGACCGUCUAGCGGCCCAUCAUGGCAACGUUGCUAGCCGGAGAGUGGCUAACAAGGUUGGUCCUCAUGAGCUUAAUCUGUGGAAUAAAACUGGCCAGCUGCACCAUUAAUUAGUUUUUAGAUCAAAAGCCUGAGCUGGUGAGUAAACGAAAAUGUAAUCCAACUCUGAAUAAUUUCCAUUGAUGAUUGCCGAUUUAUAAAUGAACCCGGAGCGAGUAGUAUCUUCAAAAACCCAGUGGAACAAAUUAAAUGUGAGCAGAAGUAGUACGUGGAAUCGAAUUCUUGCCAUUGCAACUCAAUACCUACAACGCAUGCGGCAUG